UGCGUGGCCUUCGCCUCCCUCUUCUUCAUCCUCAUCUCCAUCACCACCUUCUGCCUGGAGACCCACGAGGCCUUCAGUGACCCAGGGGGAGGAGCCCCCAUACCUUGGUCCCACCAUCUCUAUGGGGUUCCAUUUGAUUCUGUGGGGGUCCAGAUCUUUGGGUUCUGGAUCUGUGGAGCCCCCACACCUGGGUCCACCCCACUUCACCACCCCCCUCUCCCUUUUUUUCUUCCUCCUCCCCAGUACGUGGCCUUCGCCUCCCUCUUCUUCAUCCUCAUCUCCAUCACCACCUUCUGCCUGGAGACCCACGAGGCCUUCAACCGGGUGAUCAACAAGACGGAGACGGUGGCCACGGGCAACGGGACGACGGGGACGCAGGUGGCGGUGGAGGUGGAGACGGAGCCCUUCCUCACCUACGUGGAGGGCACGUGCGUGGUGUGGUUCACCUUCGAGUUCCUCAUGAGGGUGAGUUUUUGCCCGGACAAACGGGAUUUCGUCAAGAGCAGCUUGAACAUCAUCGACUUCGUGGCCAUCUUGCCCUUCUACCUGGAGGUGGGCUUGAGGGGUCUCUCCUCCAAAGCGGCCAAGGACGUUUUGGGGUUCCUGCGGGUGGUCCGCUUCGUCCGCAUCCUCCGUAUCUUCAAGUUGACGCGGCAUUUCGUGGGGUUGAGGGUUUUGGGGCACACCUUGAGGGCCAGCACCAACGAGUUCCUCCUCUUGGUCAUCUUCUUGGCUUUGGGUGUUCUCAUCUUCGCCACCAUGAUCUACUACGCCGAACGGAUCGGGGCCGACCCCGACGACGUGACGGGGAGCCGUCACACCUACUUCAAGAACAUCCCCAUCGGUUUCUGGUGGGCGGUGGUGACCAUGACCACUUUGGGGUACGGGGACAUGUACCCCAUGACCUGGUCGGGGAUGUUGGUGGGGGCUCUCUGCGCCCUGGCGGGGGUCCUCACCAUCGCCAUGCCCGUCCCCGUCAUCGUCAACAACUUCGGCAUGUACUACUCCUUGGCCAUGGCCAAGCAGAAGCUCCCCAAGAAGAAGAACAAACACAUCCCCCGACCCCCCCAACCCGGCUCCUGCGUGGCCUUCGCCUCCCUCUUCUUCAUCCUCAUCUCCAUCACCACCUUCUGCCUGGAGACCCACGAGGCCUUCAGUGACCCAGGGGGAGGUUGGGGGCCCCCCCAAAACCUGGGGUCCAGAUCUUCGGGGGGGUCUGGAGACCCCACACCUGGGUCUCCCCACGAUUCUAUGGGGUUCCAGUACGUGGCCUUCGCCUCCCUCUUCUUCAUCCUCAUCUCCAUCACCACCUUCUGCCUGGAGACCCACCAGGCCUUCAGUGACCAGGGGGGAGGCUGA